GGUAGUAGGCAACGAGCACUAGAAGUGGAAAUAUCAAAUACAGAACAUAUAUUCACAUAGGUACAUAUAUGGCUUUGAGAAAUAUUUACAUGAAAUUCCUAAUAUUAUUAAGUUACAUUUCGAUAUGCGCCGCUGUUAUGCCAGACUACUUUGCUACCGAUCAUGAUCAAUCUUUAGACAUGGACCUGCAACAUUGCGAUUUUUCCUCUUAUAAUGAUUUACUGGUUUCUAACACUCGGCCAAUUCGAUAUAACUUAAAUAUCCUAAUACUUGCGCUAAUGAAUCCGACAUGGAACGUAGUUGACUGUAUAAGUGAUAUCACGAUUAUUAUUGAAAAUUCGAUGAGAUUCAUAAGUUUGCACGCCUAUGAAUUGAAUAUCAACACUCGGAUAAAGGUUGUAAAUACCAACUCACUUGAAGGCUACAGAUUAACUGGCUACCGUUAUUGCAAACGCUCGCAGAUUUUGGAUUUGCAGUUUGAUAAAGUAAUAGUUCCUGGGACUUAUAACUUGACAAUUGGCUCUACUAUUCGCCGUCCUUGGGACCGUUCUUGGAACGGUGUAGUUAAAUACGAAUACAAGAAAAGUGGAACAAAUCUUGAGAAAGCAAGGUUAGUCAUCAUGCAACCUAACAUGGCUCGGAGAGUGUUUCCAUGUUGGGAUGAGCCCGAAUUAAAGGCAGUUUUCAACAUAUCUGUACUAUAUCCUGAGAAUUUAAAAGUUUUCUCGAAUGAACCUAAACUAUACACUGAAAAGUUUAACUCCGAAAUUAACAAGACGUAUUUUAAUGAUACGCCUCCGAUAUCUCCUUCCAACGUGUUCAUUGCUCUGCUUGAAGAUAACGAUAAUCGUACAAAGAGUGAAAUAUCUAACAGUGACACCAUUUGGCACAUGUCGCAAAAGAAGAUGCUACAAUAUGCAACGAAUAUAAUUGCAGCUGCCGAUUAUUACUUGACAUUCUUUACGGGAUUAAUCGGUGUAUUGCCUAAGAGGAAUCACAUAGUGUUCCCCAAUAAUACAAUAAAUUCAAUGGGAUGUUUUGGUCUUAUAAUAUAUAGCGAAAAAGAUGUUCUAUAUGAUAAAGAUAUCGAUUUCCCUGGCUAUAAGGCUCAUAUCGGUGAGGUCAUUUCGCACCAAAUGGCACGUCAGCCGUUUACAGCAGUGAUUACUCAGUCUUGGCGGGCCGAUCUGUGGAUAGGCGAAUCACUAUCGAAGCUUUACAGUCAUUAUAUCAUGAACGAGGUUUUCAUCGGUUUGCUUAGUUCAUCGGUUCAAUUAAUGGAUCUCUAUGCAAUCCAAAUUCUUCAGUUAACAUUUCAGUAUGAAACUAACUGUCAAAUGAGAGCUCUUUCCGAAUAUAAUGUAGAAGUCGCGGAUGAGAUCGAUGUUGGCCUCUGUUCUCGUUGGUAUUACAAUAAAGGUUUCGCUCUUUUACGUAUGAUAGAGCAUAUGAUCACACGAGAUAAGUUUCAACUAGCUAUCAAAAAAUAUAUGCGUGAAUUUAAGUUUCGUUCUGCCACUUCUUAUAAUCUCUGGAUCACCUUGCAACAUACACUUGAUGACAGAACCAAUCAAAUGGUUAGAAUUAGUGAAAUUAUGGAUACGUGGUUAAGUCAAAGAUACUAUCCUGUUAUAAAUGUUUUUCACAAUCGUCAAAAUAAUACAGUGAUAUUAAAUAUCACUGGUAGUGUCGACAUGAGAAAAUACACGUGGAUGGUACCGACAACUUAUACUUCAUACAAUGCUUUGUCUUACAUGAUCAGUAAUAUUGUGAUAGAUACUUCUGAAAUUACAAUUAUUAAGCUGGGGCAGAAUAUUGAUUUUGCUAUAUUUAAUAGAGAACAAAGUGGAUACUUUCGCGUGAAUUAUGAUGAAAAUAGUUGGAAUCGAAUCGCAAAUGUUUUGCACUCUGAUAAUUAUAAUCAAAUAAAUGUCCUCAAUCGCGCGCAAUUGAUUGAUGAUGCAUAUUAUUUUAUGAGACAAAACUACGUAUCACCGCAUAUAUUUUGGAGAAUUGCAAGUUAUCUAAAGCACGAUGUAAGUUACAUAGCCUGGUAUCCCAUGUUCAAUAUUCUAUCGUUUAUGUGGCCUAUUUGGAAUAAUCCGACUACGGGAGUGAAACAUAUCAAGGAAGAAGUACUUCAAAUAUUGGACGGCUUACUUCAAAAUUUGGGAUACGAAGAAAAAAAUGAUGAGGACAAUAUGUAUAAAACACUGAGAUUAUUAGGAACAAGAUGGGCUUGCAAAUUAGGGCAUAGGAAGUGUCAAAUAGCUGCUACGACACAAUUGUCCGGGCAUCUCUUCAAAUCUGACGAUAACAAAUUUUCAUCAUGGUGGAAGGAUUGGGUAUAUUGUGCCGGUAUGAGUUUGGCCAACGAAACUAUAUCGGAGAUGUUGUUUGAAAAAUAUAAAAAUACCACGGAUAUAGAUAUUUUGAGAUAUUUGUUUUGCUCAGAUGAUGCACAAAUUAUCGUGAAGUAUAUGGAUGUAAUGUUAUCUUUCAUUCGUCAAAAUAUGCUACCGUAUAACGAGGUGAUUAAACUUUAUGGUGUUGUUCUCAAGAAGCACAUAAGGAAGGAUGAUGUUCUGAAAUACAUCGUGGAGAAUAAGAACAUCGAAAUUUGGAGGCUAGGCACUACUUUAAACACAAAACUGUUUGGUGAUAUGAUAAUGAAUGUAUAUUUAGGCGAACAUUUCUUUAAGAUUGUAGAAUUUGCAGCAAAUAAUGCCGACUUAUUCAAAAUAAACCUGUAUGACAUAUCGAAAUUAGAGAGAGCUCAAAAGAAGAGAAUUAAUAAAAUGAAAGAAGUAAUUUUUGGAAAUCCGUAUUGAAUAAGGAAAGGAAAAUAUAUAAUUUCUGAACAAGCGAGUUUACAAAAUGUGAUGGAAUUCAAAUAAUUAAAGUGUCCAAACUGAAGGCUAUUGUAAACUGGGCAGUGAAUUGAGAAGUUUCUGUUUAAAAUUGUGAUGUCUAUUUUUUAUCAUUGCAUUUUGAUAAUGUAUAUUUUAUUGUCACACUAUUCUUACAUUUUUAUAUAUUUUAUUUACAUGGAUUUAAACACAUUGUAUAUUACAUGACAAUAAUGUAUAUU